AUGGGAGGAUCGAUAACGGAAUUGAAAGUUCGCAGAGAUGAUUUUGGAGAGACGCAGACAAGGAAAAUCAGCGUGUCGGCACAUACCAGAUGGGGAGAAUUAGAAGAAAAGCUUCGUAAACUAUUCGAUAUAGGUGAAACAGACAAGAUGGUUUUGAGUUAUAUCGACGAGGAGGAAGAAAGAAUCACGGUCUCGUCGGAUGAGGAAGUUGCUGACGCAUUAAAAAAUAAAUCUCAAUUGUGCUUCAACUUGACAACCAAGAAAGAGAACAAAGGGUAUAAUUAUUCAAAGAUUCAUACUGAAGAUGAUGCAGCUAACAUGGCUGCCACAAUACUGCAGACAUGGUUCAGCGAAAAACUGCCAGAAAUUAUCGAUCAAGUUACUAGGGAAGUCAUUUCAAAAAUCUCUAAACCCGAUCAGCCUGCUUCUUCAGCUUCUUCAUUUUCACACGUCCUUGUCUAUCCAAACACUUUAAAUGUAUCAAAACUGGCAACAAUGGGACGGAAACCACAAAGUGGUGACAUGCUUGAAUACAGAAUACCAUCUUCCUAUCUUACGUUCAACCAAGCUUCGAUCAAACAAAUCUGGGGUGUCGGUAUAUACACUUACGACUCUGACAUUGUUAAAGCCCUUGCUCACUCGGGAAUUUACAGACUCAAACAAAACCCACCUGACAACGAUCUGUCAGUGAAAAUAAGAUAUUCGCCCGGGCUUAAUUUGUACUGUGGAGCAAUCUGUAAUUCGUUCAAAAGUGAUGAACAUAAGCAGUGCAGUUUGAGCUAUGUCAUUGAAAGUGUCUCGACCAUUCCUAAAGGAAGCGCUAACGCGGUGUAA